GGCAAGGGGAGUUGAGGUUGCUGGUCUGAAAGUGAAGAGUACCGCCUUUGUUGAGCCUGCAAAAAGCAAGACAAGGGCUCAGUGCCUUUCCUCGAGUGAGAGUAGGAGAAACACCACUUGAAAGACAGACACACGCGAUGGGCAACAUUUUGCUGAGUUGCUGCGAAGACAGCUACGUCCAGAAGGUGACACCAAACUAGCAGCAACUAAUCAGUGGGGCCUUCGUGUCCAUUUCUCCUCCUUUGCUGUCGCGUGGUGUGGUGUGGUGUGUUGUGUUGUGUCAGGGCCACCGUGCCUCUCCCACUGACGAGGGGGGCAUUUCUGCGGGUGGGGCACUCAAAGACGCGAGCAAGGACCUCAAGGAUGAAAAGAAGGUACACAGCCCCACCCACUCGCAAGCCGCUGAACACACAGAGCCUUCCGGGCCCUUCCCUCACGUCUCUCUCUCUAUCUCUCUCUCUGGCUGUGUGUCGUGUGUGGCCUGUUGCCUGCCGCAGAAGUCAGUGACAUUUCCAGCAGGCAGCGAGGUCGCCUUUCUCCAGGCCGCAUUGACCAAGGCCAACCAGGGCUCCACUGGCUCUCCCCAAGCGAGCGAGUCGUCGCCAAACACGUCGGGGACGGGAACGACGCCCUACUUGACGCCGAUGGGGCACGGUGAGGCCGACAAGACGCCCGGCAGCAAGCAGACGGCAGGGGGCCGCGUAGAAGACACCCCCGCCCAUCUCGCCGCGCCGACCCCGAGCCAUAUUGAAGGCAAGAAAUGGAAGACAGCAAUGACAAGACGCAUCCUUCUGUUUGUGUCUUGGUGUCUCUUCUAGCUGGUUCGCCGAUCAGCCCGUCGCAGUGGGGUGGCGAGAUGUACUCGACGUAUGGCGGGGCGAGGACACUGGAGGGAGAGGGGGGCUGGCAGGGAUAGAUCGGUGAGUGGCUGGCUGGCUGGCCGGGGGUGGGCUUGGCUGGCUGCAUGAUGGAUGUGCUGCUGCACUGAAAGAGAGGUGCGGGGCCUGUUGUUUGUCGCGGGGGUGGAUGGGAAUCGUUCCUGGUUUGUCGAAUGCAGUCUCCAGUUCUUUCUCUGCUCUGAAAGCAGUGUGUGGCCUGCUCUGAAUGGAAGACGACAAACCAUAGAGAAGGGGUGCCAGCCCAAUGCUAUGCUGACGACGAGGGUGAUGAUGAGAGUGUGAAUGGGCGUGGGGUCGUGACAGUGGUGACAUGACGGACAAGUAUAGAAGGC